UACGCAGAGAAUGCCGGCGAACUACGUAGAGUUGUUUCCAGAAUAGCGCCGAGCGGUCGGCCGUACAGAUGCGUUACGCAAAAUGUUUUCCAGAAUAGCACCGAAGCCCCGCCCCUCACUUAAAAUACGCCUCACAAAACUCCCGUAAACGCGACCAAUACGUUAAAUUCGUAAAUUAUAUAUUACAUAAGGCUUAUCAAUUAAAAUACAUAGUUUAAGAUAUCAUAUACGGUAGUUGCGUAAAAGCUUAUAUUAAAAAUAAAUGUUGGUUUUAGAAUCAAGAUGGUUGAGCGCCACUAAUCAGCAAAUUGAAGCUAAAAAAUAAGCGAGGACAAUUAAAGCUAAUGCUAAAGCUAAUGCUAAAGCUAACUGUAACUAAAAUGGCGUUCAGUAUUUCACCAAAUUUAGACAGUCUCCUCUGCCAGUUGGUUGUUGAAUUUCGUGAGCUUUCUGCAAAGAAGAAACAAAUCGACCAACAAAUUGAAGUUUAUAGAGCUGACAUUGCAGAAAGGAGGACUUACAUUGAAAAAAUGCGCAGGAAUAUAGCUCAAAUGGAUGAGGAAAUUGGAUUGAAACGGAACACUCUAAAACACAACAGGGAAGUUGGAAAAAGCAUGAAGGCGACUCAGGGCUUGCUGCUUCAGUAUGAGCGGACUCUGAGAGCAGAACUGGAGAGCAUUAAAGUCAAUUACAGCAAUGACAAGGACGUGUACGCAGACAAAAUUGUAAGCUACAGGCAGCUGUUCCAGGCUCAUAAAAAGCCAUUUGCCCAAAAGCUGCAGGCUUUUAAUGAUGACAUGGACAAUGACAACAUGGAAGGAGGCCAUCACCAAGAGACUGUUGCCCAGUCAUCUUCUUCAGAGCAAUCAGCUGACAGUAACCCUCAGCAGCUGCACACCAAUGACCCAGCCAUAGAAACGCAGCCUUCAUUUGUGGAAGAUUCUAUUACUGCCAUCACUUCUCUCAUUCUCGACGAGAAAAAGAGAUGGCAGAGUGGUCCAGAAGCUGAUGCAGAUGGGACUACUGAAGACAUGGGUGCAGAAAGUGAGGUUGAGAAAUGCAGUGCUGAUAAAACAAGAGGCAAUAAGCAAAGUGUAACGUUAAAUCCACAAACAGAGAAACAACCUGAGAUGCACAGUGAGGAAGAAGAGGACCAAGAAAUUCGGGCAGCAACAGUAUCAGAGAUAGAGGAGGCAGCAGAGGAAGACAUGGAAGAAAGAGCAGCAGAGCAAGAGGAGACACUGAGCCACGUGAAUAAUGAAGAGCAAGUCACUCUUCCUCCAUUACCGUGUGAGGUUGCUCACCCUCAGUCUUCCUCUACUCCAAACGACAGUGUGCCUGUAACGCCGUCAUUCCACUUUAACUUUAGCCCAGCUUGUUCCCCAAUUCAGGAAACGUCCGACAACAAAUCUCCAGCUUUCACGUUCUCUCUGAACUCAAAUCCCUGCACCCCAGGCUUCUCUGGUUUUGAUGUGGUCUCUAACGAUGAAGAUGGAGCUUUUCCAUUUGGAAGCUCUUUUUUCAGCGAGAAGAAAAACACGGAGCCAAAGUCAGGCGGCCUGGACUUCCUGUUCAACCAAGCAGAGCAAAGUGAGGACUUCCAGUUCGCCUUCUCCUCCAAGAGCCCCUCGGCUAACAAGGAGAAGACCACAGAUGAGUUUCCCUUUUCAUUCAACUUUUAAAGAGUGUUGUGAGUUUGCUUCCAAAGUUUAGAGCAGUGUUCAGAAAUGAUUUAAACAAAGGAGUUUAUUGUAAAAUGUCACUUUUGUGGUUCUGUGAAGUGGUAGCAGUUUGCUUUUCACCAUUUAUAAACACAUUUCUUUCCAUGAUGAGGAUAUUUCAACACUGUUGCGUCACCUUUUUAAUGAAGCCAUCUGUUUGCACAUUUAAAAUAUGUAAUUAAAUGCAUGGUUAUAUCCUCUAAUCUGUUUGAUGAACUACUUACGAAGAUCUCACAGCGUGUAAAUAUUUAAGGACAUAACAUCUUAAAUCAACAUUUAGAGUAAAAUGAAUGGACCCUUGAGGAUGUUACAACAUGGAUAAAAAACAUUAUUACACUUUUGCCUCUUAUUCAUUGAUUCAGUAAUUUAAAACACAUUUUAACACUACUGCAUUCAUGUUUUUUACAAUGUAAUUCAAUGCACUUUAAACAUCAAGAAUACAGUGAAACCUCAAAAUUCUAAUUUUCUGUAAAAAGUCACCAUUAUCUACUGGUCGAACCACCUUUAUAAGACUUUUUCAUGGUUUUGUGAUGCUGCGGCGGAAAGAUACAGGCGACGGAAAAGAGGAAAAAGUGUGAUGACAACCAUAGAACUCACUGCUAUGUAGCGGCCACAUAAUUUUGAAAGUGGUGCAUGUGUCUUUCUUCUAUGUACAAUAUGUAUAUUUUUAAAAAGCUAUUUCAAAAGCAGUUGACUUAUUUUAUAGAUUUAAGACAGUGAAGAAUGUUCAAAUGUUACUUGUAGAUUUGUUCGUAUAGUUAAAGGCUUUCUGAUUUGACUCUGCAAAGACUAAUUCAGUUAUAUAUAUUGUAAAUGGUAAAUGGGUUAUACUUGUUUGCGCUUGUUUAAGGUACUCAA